UGUCCUCCUCCCCACCUGCACCGCGCUCCCCGGAGAGACUGGAGACCCGCGGAGGAUCCGGGAGCCGCAGUCACAGCCUCAUUGUGCCACCUGGUGGGGACAAGGAAGAAAGACAAGAGCAAGUGACACGCGCACCCCCCAACCACCCCCCUCCAAUGAGAAGCUGGGGAAGGAAACUUGCAUUUGGGCAAAUGCUGCUGUCACUCAGGGGUGCUGGGCUGGGCCUGAGUCACUUCCCAGGCGGCACUCUGGGAAAGGCUGUGCAAGACGCAAGUGGCCGCUCUCCAGGCCUUCCCAGGUGAGUAGCAGGGAAGGGGUCUAGGGUGGCAAUGCCAGGAGCGGGGGGCAGAGGUUCUUGGACAGAAAAGGGAGAGCAGAGGAGGUACAUCUAGGUGGUCAUGGAUUUUGUAGAGCAUCUGGACUGGAAGGGGAUGCAGAGACCCUCCGUCUGUGCCUGGGUCUACCGAUGGGGAAACUGAGGCCCAGAAAAGCAAAAGGUCAUGCAGUGAGUUAGUAGCAGGGCCAGGGCAAAGACCCAGGUAUCCUCUCUCUCUCUCUCUCUCUCUCUCUCUCUCUCUCUCUCUUUAAAAUUGUAUUUAUUUAUUCAUGAGAGACACACAGAGAGAGGCAGAGACAUAAGCAGAGGGAGAAUUUGAUUCUGGAACCCCAGAAUCACGUCCUGAGCAGAAGGCCGAUGCUCAACCACUGAGCCACCCAGGAGUCCCGAGACCCAGGUCUCUUAACUCCCAGCUCAGUGUUUCCUGAACACCAUCCUGCCCGUCCACCCCCCUUUACCUUCUCUCCUCCCCCUGCCCCACUGUGUCCCCUGCUUCUUCACUCCCACCCACCCCUGAAAUUCCAGCAGCAGCAGCACCCGGUUUCCCGUGCCUGGUCUUUACUCUGUUACAUCAGGAUAAGCCCCUGGCCCCCAGCGGCCACAGGACUGCUCUCUGAGCCCCAGGACCCACUGGGGUAACAGGCCACAGUUCCCUCGGGAAAGAACCACAGGAUUAAAACCAGUCUAGGCUCUGAUCCUUCCUUUGUGUGGGGAGACAACUGGGCAGCUGAACCCAGAGGCGCCUUCCUGGCUGGACCUUCCAGGGCCACAAGGAAUCACAUCACUUUGAAAUACUCAUGGCAGAGGAGGGGGCCAUCCUCACCAGGAACCUGAAAGCUGCAGUCUCGGGCAUCCUCCAGGACUACGGGGGCCGGCAGCAGCCCGUGACAGAUGCCAGUGCUGAGCUGCACAGACUCUGUGGCUGCCUGGAGCAGCUCCUGCAGUUUGACCAGAAAGAGCAGAAGAGCUUCCUGAGGCCUCGGAAGGAUUACUGGGACUUCCUCUGCACUGCCCUGUGGCGGCAGCGGGGUGGCACGGAGCCAGUCCACUUCGUUCACUCACAAGACAAGCUGAAGACUCCUCUGGCAAAAGGCCGCGCUCUCAUCCGCUUCUGCCUGGCCCAGGGACAGCUGGCCGAGUCCCUGCAGCUCUGCCUCCUGAACACAGAGCUCACCAGGGAAUGGUAUGGCCCCCGGAGCCCUCUGGUGUGCCCCGAACUCCGGGAAGACCUCCUGGACGCUCUCUACACUCUCAAUGCGGUGGCCUUUGACUUGGACCUGCAGUGGCCAAACCUAGACGAAGCCUGGCCCAUGUUCUCAGAGUCCUGUGGUUCCAGCGCCAGGACCCAGGGAAGAAGACCCAGAAAGACCAAAGAUGCCCCGAAGCAGCUUCCAGGCACCAGGUACAGAAACCAUGAGGACACAGCCUCCGACCAGAAGGGGGAGUCCGUCACAAUACAACCUGUCAAGCGCGGUGAUGCGGAUGUGCACAGAAGAACACGGGAGCACAGAGAAGGCUGCCUGAGAGAGAUCUCAGCCGCACAUGGGGACCCCACCGGAGUCCAGCCAGAGGAGCCGCACACUAGCCACACCGGCUGUCAGCGAGAUGCGCCCAGGGAAGACUGGUUAGCUGCACCCCCCAGGUCGCAGCAACACAGGCAUCUUCGUCCCUCCAUGGAAAAGAAGAGAGAAGAUCCCAGGAGCCUCGGGCCCGCCCAGAGCAUGUGGGAACCAGAGGGGGAGGAGCUUCAGGGAGCCCCAAGAACAGGAGUCUGCCUGGAGAACUCAACACCCAGCAUCCAGGGACAAGGGGAGCGGGCCAAGGGAGCUCCGAAGGAGGUGAUAGGGACAGAGGCUGAGGACAGAGGGGUCCUACCUGGUACAGAGGGGACACCUAAAGGGGGAGCAGAGUGGGGUCAUGUCCAUAGGCUGCUGGCCUCCAGCCCCGCAGGGACAAUAGAGGACACGAUGCCAGGGAGCCGGCAGGAGCUGGAGGUGCCUAGCGUUCUGGGGGACCCUCGGGUCCUACUACGAGACCUGGGAGCAGAGGAAGACGCGGCCCCAGAGAGACCACAAGGGGAAACAGGAGUGACCACUGUGACCAGGAGGAAGGAACAGGCAGCGAUGGCCUUGCAGGAUGUGGUCAAGAGCCUGAGACAUGGGCUCCAGAAGACCAAGGAGCAGGCCCAGCAUCUGGAGCAGCUGCUGAAGGAGCGGGAAGGGGAAUUGAAGACACUGCAGGAGCAGCUCAGCAGGUGUCAGGAAGACAGGGCCCGUCUGCAGACAGAGCUGGAGCAGAAGCAGCAGGAGGCCGAGAGGAGGGACGCCAAGUACGAGAAGGAGCUUGGAGGGCAGCGGGACCUGGUCCGUGCCAUGAAGAUGAGGGUGCUAGAGCUGGUUCGAGAGAAGGAUGACCUGUGGCAGGAGGUGCAGCGUCUCUCUUCCAUGGCCCCAGGGUGCUGUGCGGCCUGCAGCAGGGUGUUUGGCCGGCUGUCUCGGCGGUACCCGUGCAGGCUCUGCGGAGGCCUGGUCUGCCAUGCUUGCUCUGUGGACUACAAGAAGAGGGAGCGCCGCUGCCCCCCCUGCUCCCAGAAGGGAGAGGCUCAGUCCCACUGACAGCAGCACCCAGGACUGGCCGCCCACCGCACCCAGGAGCUCCCUCCCCUCCUCUGGGCUGGUGAUCUGAGGCAGCCAGUGCUCAAGUGCAGAAGGAUGGAUGCCGGCUGGCAGGCAGGAGGCGGAGGCAGGUCGGAGGCCUGCACCCGCCACCCAUGAGCUGGGCCACUUGAGGAAGCUCACAGCUGUCCGGCUUCUUCCUGAGCAAGAGCGCCAGGCACUGUCCUCCCUGAAUUCCCUCCAGGCUCAGGACAUCCUUGGCCAAGAAGACCCAGGGGCCCCGACAUCUCUCCGCACCCCCACCCCAUCUCUCCCCCAGCCCCCCAUUCCCCACACUCCCAACCACCCCGUCUGGAGUCUGUUUUGAAAGUCUGCUUUCGUUGUGUUUCAUUUUUAACAGUUCUCCCAAGGUGCUGUUGACCUGUAACACGUUUCAUAUAAAUUGUACAAUAUGAUGGGUUUUGACCUUGGUAUCAUCCACAAAACCAUCACCGUACUCGCAAUAAAGAAUGCACCCAUCAUUCCCAAAAUUUCUUCAUGCCCUUUAUAAUCGCUCCCUCUCCCUCGC